CUUGCCUUUUGCGUUUAGCGUGUUGUGGGCCGGAUCAUUUCUAACCUCCCUGCACUCAUCCUGACCUUGCUGGGCUCAAUAAAAGGCUCCACCUCACUGCGACCACUCCAGCCAAACUGAUUAAACCGGUAUCACCGAAGUGUUAUUUCGGAGCUACCAUGUCCCACAUGUUGGAUAUGAAGGAGUUUGGAGAGGCGGCACCUUUUCUCCGAAAAUCAGACCUGGAGAUCCUGGCUGCGCAAACCCAACCAUUUGAUGGGAAAAAACGUGUGUGGAUUCCAGAUGAAAAAGAAGCUUACAUUGAUGUGGAGAUACAAGAGAUCAAUGGAGACAAAGUCAUUGUUGAAACCAAAGAUGGAAAAUCUCUGACAGUGAAGGAGGGUGACAUUCAGCAGAUGAAUCCUCCAAAGUUUGACAUGAUUGAAGACAUGGCCAUGCUGACCCACCUGAAUGAAGCAUCGGUGCUGUAUAACCUGCGGCAGCGCUACAGCAGCUGGAUGAUCUAUACGUACUCUGGGCUUUUCUGUGUUACUGUAAAUCCAUAUAAAUGGCUGCCUGUCUACACGGCCCCUGUGGUUGCUGCCUAUAAAGGAAAGCGACGCUCCGAGGCCCCGCCCCAUAUCUACUCCAUCGCAGACAAUGCCUACAAUGACAUGCUGCGCAAUAGAGAAAAUCAGUCCAUGUUGAUCACCGGAGAAUCCGGUGCUGGGAAAACUGUCAACACGAAACGUGUAAUUCAGUAUUUUGCCAUAGUUGCAGCCCUGGGCGAGGCAGCGGCUAAAAAAGGAGGCUCUGCUACUAAAACUGGGGGUACACUAGAGGAUCAGAUUAUUGAAGCUAAUCCUGCAAUGGAGGCAUUUGGUAAUGCUAAAACACUCAGGAAUGAUAAUUCAUCACGCUUUGGAAAGUUCAUUAGGAUCCAUUUUGGCCCCACGGGGAAACUUGCUUCUGCAGAUAUCGACAUCUACCUCCUGGAAAAAUCCAGGGUAAUAUUUCAGCAACCCAGAGAGCGAAGCUACCACAUCUACUACCAGAUCAUGUCUCAGAAAAAGCCUGAACUUCUAGAUAUGCUUCUGGUCUCUUCAAAUCCCUAUGAUUAUCAUUUCUGCUCCCAAGGAGUAACCACAGUAGAGAAUUUGGAUGAUGCUCAGGAGUUCAUGGCUACUGAUCAUGCCAUGGAUAUCCUUGGCUUCAGUCAAGAGGAGAAGUAUGGCUGCUAUAAAAUUGUGGGGGCCAUCAUGCACUUCGGGAACAUGAAGUUCAAGCAAAAACAGCGUGAGGAACAAGCAGAGGCGGACGGAACUGAAAGUGCUGAUAAAGCAUCUUAUUUAAUGGGAGUAAGCUCAGCGGACCUCAUUAAGGGCCUCCUGCACCCACGGGUGAAAGUGGGGAACGAGUAUGUUGUGAAGGGUCAAAAUGUAGAACAGGUUAACUAUGCAGUGGGUGCUCUGGCCAAAGCCACCUAUGACCGCAUGUUCAAAUGGCUGGUAGGACGCAUCAAUAAGACGCUUUACACUGUCCUGCCCCGCCAGUUUUUCAUCGGUGUGCUGGACAUCGCCGGAUUUGAAAUCUUUGAUCUCAACAGCUUUGAGCAGUUGUGCAUCAACUUCACCAAUGAAAAACUGCAACAGUUUUUCAACCACCACAUGUUUAUUCUGGAGCAGGAAGAGUAUAAACGGGAAGGCAUUGAGUGGACCUUCAUCGACUUUGGACUUGACCUGCAAGCUUGCAUUGAUCUAAUUGAGAAGCCUCUGGGUAUCAUGUCCAUCCUUGAAGAGGAGUGCAUGUUCCCCAAGGCCACCGACAAUAGCUUCAAGGCCAAGCUGUAUGAUAAUCACCUUGGCAAAUCUCCAAACUUCCAAAAGCCCCGACCUGACAAGAAAAGGAAGUAUGAGGCUCAUUUUGAACUUGUGCACUAUGCUGGAGUGGUACCGUAUAAUAUCUUUGGAUGGCUGGACAAAAACAAGGACCCUCUGAAUGAAACAGUUGUGGGCUGCUUCCAAAAAUCCUCCAACAAGCUGCUAGCAAGUCUCUAUGAAAAUUACAUCAGCUCAGACACAGCCUCUGACCCCAAAGCAGGAGGUAAAGAGAAGAGGAAAAAGGCUGCAUCAUUUCAGACGGUUUCACAGCUGCACAAGGAGAAUCUUAAUAAGUUGAUGACGAACCUGCGCAGCACUCAGCCACACUUUGUCCGCUGCAUUAUUCCAAACGAGACAAAAACACCAGGAAUAAUGGAUGCGUUUUUGGUUCUUCAUCAACUGCGCUGUAACGGAGUGCUGGAGGGAAUCCGAAUCUGCAGGAAAGGAUUUCCCAACCGCAUCUUAUAUGCAGACUUUAAACAACGGUACCGUAUUCUGAACCCACACGCUAUCCCCGAUGAUAAGUUUGUAGACAGCAGGAAAGCAGCUGAAAAGCUGUUAGCUUCGCUGGACAUCGACCACAACCAGUACAAAUUUGGACACACAAAGGUGUUCUUUAAGGCAGGACUUCUGGGGCAGCUGGAGGAGAUGAGGGACGAACGGCUGGCGAAAAUUCUUACGCUGUUGCAGGCCGUCAGCCGAGGGAAAAUUAUGAGGAUGGAGCUCCAGAAGAUGAUGGAAAGGAAGGAGGCUGUGAUGAUCAUUCAGUGGAACAUUCGAUCCUUCAACAUUGUGAAAAAUUGGCCAUGGAUGCGACUCUUCUUCAAAAUCAAACCUCUAUUGAGGAGCGCUGCCACAGAGAAGGAGCUUGCCACCUUGAAGGAGGAGUUCCUGAAGCUGAAGGAAGCUCUGGAGAAAUCUGAAGGCAAACGCAAAGAGCUGGAGGAGAAACAGGUCAGCUUAAUCCAAGAGAAAAACGACCUGUCCCUGCAGCUUCAGGCUGAGCAGGAUAACCUGGCUGAUGCAGAGGAUCGAUGUGAUCUGCUCAUUAAGACUAAAAUCCAGCUGGAGGCCAAGGUGAAAGAGAUGACAGAGCGUUUGGAGGAUGAGGAGGAGAUGAAUGCUAACAUUUUGUCCAAAAAACGCAAGCUGGAGGAUGAGUGUGCAGAGCUAAAGAAAGAUAUAGAUGACCUAGAGAUAACGUUAGCAAAGGUGGAGAAAGAGAAACAUGCCACAGAGAACAAGGUGAAGAACCUGAUUGAGGAAAUGGCUGCUCUGGAUGAAGCGAUUCUGAAGCUCACCAAAGAGAAGAAAACACUGCAGGAAAGCCAUCAGCAGACACUUGAUGACUUGCAGGCAGAAGAGGAUAAGGUCAACACGCUGACUAAGGCCAAGGCCAAGCUGGAACAACAAGUGGACGAUUUGGAGGGUUCAUUAGAGCAAGAGAAAAAACUGCGCAUGGACCUGGAACGGACAAAAAGAAAACUGGAGGGAGAUUUGAAGCUUUCUCUAGAGUCAGUGAUGGACCUGGAGAAUGACAAACAGCAGUUGGAGGAGAAGCUGAAGAAGAAAGACUUUGAAAUGAACCAAAUAAAUUCAAAGAUUGAAGACGAGCAAGCACUUGUUAUUCAGCUUCAAAAAAGGAUUAAGGAACUGCAGGCUCGGAUUGAGGAGCUGGAGGAGGAACUGGAAGCAGAGCGUUCAGCACGGGCAAAGGUCGAGAAGCAACGUGGUGAUGCUGCACGAGAACUAGAGGAGCUAAGUGAACGUUUGGAAGAGGCAGGGGGCGCAACCUCCGCUCAAAUUGAAAUGAAUAAGAAGAGAGAGGCAGAUUUUUUAAAGCUGCGGCAUGACUUAGAGGAGGCAAUGCUUCACCAUGAGGCAACAGCUGCUGUGCUGCGUAAAAAACAUGCAGACAGUGUUGCUGAGCUCAGCGAGCAGAUAGACAGCUUGCAGCGCAUCAAACAGAAACUGGAGAAGGAGCGGAGUGAAGCCAAGAUGGAAGCCGAUGACUUGGCCUCCAACGUGGAGCAGCUUGCUAAGAGCAAGGCUAACACUGAGAAAAUGUGCAGGCUAUAUGAAGACCAGCUGAACGAGUCGAAGGCCAAAGCGGAGGAGCUCCAAAGGCAGCUCAACGACUCAAAUACACAGCGUGCCCGCGCGCAGGCUGAGAGUGCUGAGUUGGGCAGAAAGCUGGAAGAGCGAGAUUCUUUAAUGAGCCAGUUGCAACGCAUGAAAAACACCUGCACCCAGAACCUGGAAGAACUGAAGAAACAGCUGGAAGAAGAGAAUAAAGCGAAGAAUGCUUUAGCCCAUGCUUUGCAGUCGUCCCGACACGACUGUGACUUGCUGAGGGAGCAAUAUGAAGAGGAGCAGGAAAAUAAAUCUGAACUGCAGAGGGCACUGUCCAAGGCCAAUGCUGAAGUGGCCCAGUGGAGGACCAAAUAUGAAACGGAUGCCAUCCACAAGACAGAGGAACUGGAGGAAGCUAAGAAGAAGCUGGCAAUCCGUCUGCAGGAAGCCGAGGAGCAAGUGGAAGUGUCAAAUGCUAAGUGUUCUUCUCUGGAGAAGACGAAGCACCGUCUCCAGACAGAGAUUGAGGACCUGUUGGUGGGUCUGGAACGUUCUAACGCUGCAGCCGCUGCACUCGAUAGAAAACAGCGUAACUUUGACAAAGUGCUUGCGGAAUGGAAGCAGAAGUAUGAAGAGUGCCAGUCUGAGCUGGAGUCUUCACAAAAAGAAUCUCGCAACCUGAGCACGGAGCUUUUCAAAUUGAAGAACUCCUAUGAAGAAGCCCUGGACCACCUGGAGUCCAUCAAACGCGAAAACAAAAACCUGCAUGAGGAAAUUUCUGAACUGAAUGACCAGAUCAGCCAGGGAGGGAAGACCAUCCAUGAACUGGAGAAAAUCAAAAAGGGUUUAGAUGUGGAGAAGAGUGAGAUUCAGGCAGCGCUGGAGGAAGCUGAGGGCACUCUGGAGCAUGAGGAGAGUAAAACUCUGCGAAUCCAGCUGGAGCUUAACCAGGUCAAAGCUGAUGUGGACAGGAAGCUGGCAGAGAAAGACGAGGAAAUCGAUAACCUGCGUCGAAAUCACCAGCGUGCUCUGGAGUCCAUGCAGGCGAGCCUGGAUGCGGAGGCAAAGUCUCGCAAUGAGGCUCUCCGGCUAAAGAAGAAAAUGGAAGGUGAUCUGAAUGAGAUGGAGGUUCAGCUAAACCACACAAACCGCAUUGCAGCAGAGGCUCAGAAAAUGGCCCGGAAUCUGCAGACCCAAAUAAAGGACCUGCAGAUUGAGCUGGAUGAAACACUCCAUACAAAUGAGGACCUGAAGGAGCAAGUGGCUGUCACUGAUCGCAGGAAUGUCCUUCUGGCUGCAGAAGUGGAAGAAUUGAGAGGUCAGCUGGAGCAGAAUGACCGUGCCCGAAAACUGUCCGAACACGAGCUGCUGGAGGCUAUGGAGAGGGUCAACCUGCUACACUCGCAGAAUACAGCACUGAUCAACCAGAAGAAGAAGCUGGAGAGUGAUUUGUCGGUGCUGUCAGGUGAAGUGGAUGAAGCGGUGCAUGAGUGUAGAAAUGCAGAAGACAAAGCCAAAAAAGCCAUCACUGACGCAGCAAUGAUGGCAGAGGAACUGAAGAAAGAGCAGGACACCAGUGCUCAUUUGGAGCGGAUGAAGAAGAACAUGGAGCAGACAGUGAAAGAUCUGCAGAUGAGGCUAGAUGAGGCUGAGCAAAUCGCCCUCAAAGGGGGAAAGAAACAGAUACAGAAACUGGAGAGCAAAGUGAGGGAUUUAGAAAGUGAACUUGAGUCUGAGCAGAAGAAGAGUAAUGAGUAUCAGAAAGGAGUGCGGAAAUACGAAAGGAGGAUCAAAGAGCUCACCUAUCAGACAGAGGAGGACAGGAAGAAUCUGGCACGUUUGCAGGAGCUCAUCGACAAACUGCAGGCAAAAGUGAAGAGCUAUAAGAAACAAGCAGAGGAGGCGGAAGAGCAAGCCAAUUCAAAUCUGACCAAGUACAGGAAGAUCCAGCAUGAACUGGAUGAUGCAGAGGAACGAGCUGAAAUAGCUGAGUCUCAGGUCAACAAACUGCGGAGCCGCAUCAGAGACCAAGGCAGCAAGCUAGUGGAGUGAGAAUGGUGUUUUUUCUUCAAGAACACAGUCCUCAGCUGCAACAGUUUUUGUGACUGUGAAAAUAAACUUUUUGGAAAAACUCUGAAAACUCUAAUGUAUCCUGUUAUCACCACAUAUGGCAAAUCAUGACUGUACAUCAAGACAUAAAGAAAUGUUCUUCUCAGUAUUAAAAGGCAGUUUAAAGUAAACAGUGGGCCGUCACUGUAGAAUUCAUUUCAAGUCAAGGGCAAGUACUCAUACAUCCUGAAUGUAACUUUAAAUAUAAGAAUUUAAAUUCUAUUGUUUUCCUGUAAAUCUUCAGAGGUUUUUUUCUGACACAAGGGGCCAUAAACCUGUCAGUGAUACUCUGAUUGUGACCACAUUUGAUACGUACAAAACAAUUUGCAGCUGAGGCUGAGACAUUUAACUUAAGUUGGCUUAAUUGAAUCAGCUCUUGCAAUGCUCACAGCGCUGCCAACAAUUUAAAAUAUGAUUAUUUCUAUCUAAGACUAUAAUGAAGACACAAAAGUGGUUUCAAAUUACACAUCUUAAUGAGCCUUAACACUUUGCAAAUAUAUGUAUGUUGCCUAAUUUCACAGGAAUUCAACAAAUCUUGAUCACAGAAUCAAGUGUUGUAUUUCUUCCAGCCACGAAAGGGAGCAUAA